GAGGAGAGCAGCGCGGGGACGGGUGGAGGGGGCAGGCCGUGCGGAGCUGCAGUCAGGCUCUAGUAGUGAAUCAGCGGCGGCGGCAGUCCUGUAGGUGUAGCCCGUACACUACUCACUGCUUCACCGCUUUCUCACCGCGGGGAGACUCCGGAGCCUCCAGUGAGCCUCCCGGAGUUCUGGAGCUCUCAGCUCGGGGAUUAAACCAUGUGAGGAGCCGGUGAAAGCCCCGCUACGGUACCGGAGCCCCGCGGCUGCUCCAAACGACGGUUAACCAAGAUGUUCACGCGCGGAUCCAAAAAGCGACGGUCGAACCGCUCGGAAGAAGACCCUGAUAGAGGGCAGCCGUGCAUGAGAUGUGGAGAGCAGUGUCCGGGCUUCCGCAUGCACGGCUGGAGGAAGAUAUGUGUGCACUGCAAGUGUGUGCGUGAGGAACAUGCGGUGCGCGCUGUGCCCGGUCAGCUCGAGAGGAUGAUGAUGAAACUGGUGUCCGACUUCCAGAGGCACUCGAUUUCGGACGACGACUCGGGCUGCGCCUCAGAGGAGUACGCCUGGGUCCCACCCGGCCUCAAGCCUGAACAGGUGUAUCAGUACUUCAGCUGUAUUCCUGAGGAUAAGGUGCCUUACGUGAACAGCCCGGGAGAGCGAUAUCGCAUUAAACAGCUUCUACACCAGCUUCCGGCUCACGACAGUGAGCCCCAAUACUGUAACUCCCUGGACGACGAAGAGAAAAAGGAGCUGAGGCUGUUCAGCCAGCAGAGGAAGAGAGAAAACCUGGGCCGUGGCAUCGUCCGCCUCUUCCCUGUCACCAUGACCGGAGCCAUUUGCCAGCAGUGUGGUAGGCAGAUCUGCGGGGGUGAUAUUGCGGUGUUUGCAUCCCGGGCCGGACAUGGCACCUGCUGGCAUCCGCAGUGCUUCCAGUGUGCAACCUGCAGCGAGCUGCUUGUGGACCUUAUCUACUUCUACCAGGACAGUCACAUCUACUGCGGGCGGCACCACGCUGAGCGCAUUAAGCCCCGCUGCCAGGCCUGCGAUGAGGUUAUUCUAGCUGAUGAGUGUACGGAGGCAGAGGGCCGCCACUGGCACAUGAGGCACUUCUGCUGUUUUGAGUGUGAGACGGCACUGGGCGGUCAGCGCUACAUCAUGAGAGAGAGCCGGCCGUACUGCUGCACCUGCUACGAAUCAUUCUACGCUGAGUACUGUGACACAUGUGGAGAGCAUAUUGGAAUAGACCAGGGUCAGAUGACGUAUGAAGGUCAGCACUGGCAUGCGUCCGAGGCCUGCUUUUGCUGCGCGCACUGCCGACUCCCCCUUCUGGGCAGACCGUUCCUCCCCCGCGGGGGACUCAUCUUCUGCUCUCGGCCGUGUUCCCUGGGAGAAGACCCCGACAAUUCGGACUCCUGCGACUCGGCCCUGCAGAGCAAACCUGCCACACACAAACACACACAGCAGCAGCACCGAAAUUCACCACUUCGGCCACUGGAGGGCAGCUGUGCAUCCACAGCCACUGUGAAAACAUCUACUGCUAGUACAUCAGCUCAACCGUCAGAGAGCAGAGGUGUGCACACUCAUUUACACAAUGACGGCCCCCCACCUCCACCUUACAGAGAGAGACUGCCUCAGAACUCACAUUCUCCCUCCCAGCUCACCUCCUUAGCCAAUGGCUGGGUUCCACCUUCUUCAGGAGACCAGUCAAAGGCUGACAAACACUGCAGGCUGGAAUACAUGGUAGAGCUGAAUGGAUAUGCAGAUUUUGGGCCUUUUCCACCAAGCUGUACCUCCAGAGGGACCUCAACAUCAAAAGACAGCUGCAAACUGGUGGAAAUAAGCAGUUCAAGUAUCCUCACUCCACCCAAUUCCUCCCCUGUGUUUGACUCCCUAAACCACACAGACUCUUUCCCUCCUCCUCCACCUCCUGUUUUCAUUGGCCCUGAUGAUUUGCCAAUCCUGCCCUCAUCUGAUGCCCCUCAGCCUGAGGACCUCCCCCCUCCACCCGCUCCACAGCCAGGACGGACAAGGGUCAGCUUCAGGGAGCCAAUCAGCUGCAGCUAUUCAGUGGAUGAAGAUGAAGAUGAGGAAGAGCCUGAGCUUGAGGAGGAUCGAAGAGAGGGGGAUGAGGGAGAGCAACAGGAGGAGGAGGAGGAGGAAGAGGAAGCUGAUGGAGGUUUUGGACACAAACUACGCCUUCGAGCUGGAAUGCCCCCUCAGAUGGAUCUGUUGGACGGUUCAUACCAUCGCAGUUUCCGGCGGGGGGUUGCAGGCCCAUCCACCCGCAGCCAUGUGGAUUCAGACUCCUCGCUCCACCUGGGCACAGAAAGACGCUUCAGACGCUCACGCCGCGACAGACCCCGCCUGGACACGCUGGAGUGGAGAGGAGGGGAGCGCCCACAACCCUCCACCAGCACCCCUGAUGGAGAUGGCAGUGCCCGGCUGACCCUUCACUCCACCCGUUACAGACACGAGGACUCCUGCUCCACCUGCUCAUCUUCAUCAGACUCAGAGGAGGAAGGCUUCUUCCUGGGACAGCGUAUUCCCUUGCCCCCGCAACUCUCUGGACAAGAUAGGGCCAGGGAUGGAGAGAGAGGAGAGGAGGAGGAGAUGAAAAAGAGAGGCAGCCUGAGGGGGAGGAGGAGGACACACAGUCUGAGCAGCAAAGACAAAGACAAAGAUAAAAACUGCAUACUGUCUUGAGAGAGAGAGAGAGAAACAAACUCACUCAGCUACAGGCUGUGUUCACAUUAUAGAACGAAAUUUGCCCAAUUCAGAUCAGAAUUUACAGAUCUGUGUGAACACAACAAAAUCUGAUUUGUUUCUAAUCACGUUUAACCCCAUUUCAAACAUAGGCUGUGAUUGGACAGAUUCAGUAUGAAGCAAUUAGAGCUGUACUGAUAAUUAGUGCACUGUGAUGCACUGAUACAAAGAUUCUAAUGUUAUAUUUAAUUAUAAUCUGGUAUAAUUAUAUUAAAUGAAGUAUUUUCUAGGGGUGGGUGAUAUGACCCUAAAAUAAUAUCACAAUAUUUCAGGGUAUUUUUGCGAUAACUAUAUUCAGUGACAAAACUCUGACACUUGUCUAAUUAAUUUUAGAAAUAUAAUACUACAGUAAAAUUAAUUAUAUUUCGAGUUUUAUUUAGUAUAAAUAUAAGAGUUUCAUAAAAUAAGUUAAAACAAAAAAUUCUGUAAAGGUUUGUCUAUUUUGUAAACAGUAACUUCACAAGACCCUUAUUUUGUAUAAAAUAAAAAACAAGGUAAAGUAACAACAAUAAUCUACAACAAAACCAAAUGUUGCACAUGUAGUGCACUGCAAACAAACAAUUAAAAGUAAAAAGAAAAAAGACUAUUUAAUUGCGAUAUCACAAUCUGGAUUUUUUCUUUUUUUUUACAGAUUUUUUGACGUUUAUUGUGUAUGAUAAAAAAUGGUACACCCAUUGUAUUUGCAAACAUUUGGCCAAAAUAAAAUGCAUGGGCCGUUUCCGGCCGGUUAUAAAUCAGUUUAAGCAGAAAACCCAGAAUUAUUCCAAAAUAAUAAAAACAUAUUGUAAUACAAUUUGAGGUUUUAGCAAUGGUAGUGUUUCUGAAACCUACUUUUAAUUUCCUAAUGUUCAAGAUUUACUCCUUUAGCAAUUUUUGUUUGUUUGUUUGUUUGUUUUAUUUUUUUAAACUCAGUUCCAGAAAGUUGGGAUGCUGGGUAAAAUGUAAAUAAAUGCAGAUAAAAACAGAAUGACAUUAUUUGCAAACCUCAUAGACACAUUUUAUUCACAUUAGAACAUAGAACACAUAUCAGAUGUUGAGAUUUUCCAAUUCCCAACUUAGCGCUUUCAAUAUUUGAUAUUUGUUAAAUGUUCUUGUGUGAAUAAAAAAUGAAUCUAUUGAGAUCUGCAAAUUUUUUCUUCACAUUUAUUUUUAUUUUACACAGUGAAAAAGUGUUACACACAUUCAUCUGACAAUUAAGGUUUGUAAUGUGAACGCAGUUCUGGAGACAUUAGAGUUUGUUGCCUCUUGCCUUUGUCAAGCAAGUUGAUUCAGGAACUUUAUGGUUUUAAAGAUGUUUGAUCAAUACUUACAUCCACAACGGACACUUGUGGAGUGUGGACCCCAGAUUGGCUCUGCAACAAAGCCUACACGCCAAGAAACUACUGCAAUUCACAUUUAAGACUGAACAGAAAUCAUUUAGGACACUUUGUAUGUUUUUUUUUAUAAAACAAAGAGCUUUUGUUGGGCAAAUGGAAUGAUCUAGACCUCUUUAUGGAUUGCUGAAGCACUUUGCUAUUUUUUAUAUACAGUUUUAUAAAGAGAAGAGAGCUUCCUCUAACUUUUUUUAUGUCUUGGAGCCAAGAAACAUUUAGCCUAUAGUGUGAGCAGGAUUGGUGCUUGCAGUUAGGUGCUUUUCCUCUUUACUGGAACCAACUUCUUCACUGUCCAAAAAUGUUCAAAGUCUGUCUUGGUGGAAGAUUGUCAGUGUCACAGAUUCAUAGAUAACCACAAGUUAAUUGAUGUUAUAGAAAAAUUUAGUAAUUACGAGAAAGGCUCUUUCUGUUCAAGUGAAUACAGGUGCUGCAAAGGGUUAUUUAUAUGAUGCCAUACAAGAAGAACAACUUAAUCUCCAUAAAGAACAUUGUUUGACCUCUUUUUUGCUGCAGGGCUGAAUAGUUCUGAACAUUUAGAGGGUGUGGUUUUGCCACACAGGCACACAGAGACUGCUCAGAGGGCUUAAAGGUUCUUCUAUGGCAUCGCUAAAAAAAAAAAACUUUUAUAGCACCUUCAUUCUUAAGAGUUAAAUUCCAACAUAUCAUCACUGUCAGGAGAAACUGAAAAUUUAAGUUAAAUCCCUUCUCUCCCCAACACCAGAAGUGGAAAGACUAGCACAUGCCUCCUCCGAUACAUGUGAAGUCAGCCACCUCCUCUUUUUGUACUGCUGAUGAUGAUGCAGCAUUGCUAAGUAGCAUCAGAGCGCAUUCGGAAAAAAAGUGAAAAGUGCAUCGACUCGGUUCCGAUACAUCAGCUCACAGACACAUCAUGCUAAUCGACAUCACCCUUUUGAAGUGAUGUGUGGAAGGAGUGUCUACCAUUUUCCCACACAGAGAGAGCAAGGCCAGUUGUGCUCUCUCGGGGCUCCGGCAGCUGAUGGCAAGCUACAUGAACAGGAUUCGAACGAGCGAUGUUCUGAUCAUAGUGGCAGUGCUUAGCUCGCUGGACCACUUAAAAUCACUUCAGACAGUUUUUAAACUUAAUUUUCGGUAUUGCAACGUAAUAGCAUUCAAAGAUACACAUAUCAACCCUGUGCUUCCUGUGGCAAACUGGAGUUCAGUUCCCCCAACCAGCCAUUCUACAUUCUCUCAUGUGUAACAUGAUUCAAAUCUAAUUCUCUAUCUUGAUAAGAGUGUCCCGUCAAAUGCCAUAAAUGUCAGUGUACUGCUCCCGUAGAUCUUCCAAGUUGUUUUAUAAGGUCAAGUUUGAAGAACGAGACAACCCUUUUUAGAACCCUAAAAUGCCUUAGGCCUUGGAUUUUCACAAGCUCAAUAAUAGGAAACUCUUCAGUGCUCCACACACUUCAUAUUGAGGUGGUUACUGUCCUGCUCAAAAAUGUAAAGUAUGACAUAAAACAUAGAGCCAUUCCUACUUCAGAACAUUCUUCAGUGUAACUGAGAGAAGUAGAAGUAAAUAAAGUUAGGUAUAUGGAAGAUUAUAGCUCUGUAAAUAAGAAGCAUAAUCCACAAUCAUGGGUGAUGGUGCAACUCUUAUUCUGCUGUAAAUAUAUCUUUAAAAUAUAUGUUUUUUAGAAACAUUCUCCUUUGUAAGAGAAUAAAAGAUUAUUUCACAAUA